CCAUUCUCCCAGCCGGUGACCCCGGGGAUUUCUUUUAUGGUGGCUUUCUCUGAAAUGCCAAAGCCACCAGAUUAUUCAGAGCUGAGUGACUCUUUAACGCUUGCCGUGGGAACAGGAAGAUUUUCGGGACCACUGCACAGAGCAUGGAGAAUGAUGAACUUCCGUCAGCGUAUGGGAUGGAUUGGAGUGGGAUUGUAUCUGUUAGCAAGUGCAGCAGCAUUUUACUAUGUUUUUGAAAUCAACGAGACUUACAAUAGGCUGGCCUUGGAACACAUUCAGCAGCACCCAGAGGAGCCCCUUGAAGGAACCACAUGGACACACUCCUUGAAAGCUCGGUUACUCUCCCUACCUUUCUGGUUUUGGACAGUUAUUUUUCUGAUACCUUACUUGCAGAUGUUUUUGUUCCUUUAUUCUUGUACAAGAGCUGACCCCAAAACGAUGGGCUACUGUAUUAUUCCCAUAUGCUUGGCAGUUAUAUGCAAUCGCCACCAGGCAUUUGUCAAGGCUUCUAAUCAGAUCAGCAGACUACAACUGAUUGAUACAUAAAAUCAGUCACUAUUUUUUCCUUACAAGUACAAAACUGCCAGUACUGUAUGAAGCCUGAUCACAAGACUGCAGUUUCUUCACAGAUCUCAGGAAGCUGUGGUGGGGCAGAGGCUUUUUAAAGAAUGUGACUAGGGGACUAUCUUUAUCUGAAUAUUGAAUUUUUAGGUAAAGCCUGUAAUACAGUACUACAAAAUCAUGUUGAUGACUUCAGAUUUUGGAAGUAAAAUUUUAUCUGUUAUUUGAAUUCUUUAGAAACUUGAAUAAGUACCUGGAUUCAUAUUUUUAUUCUACUGUGCAACAUAGUGAUGAUUCAGAAAUUUUUCCUUUGGGGAAAAAAAUGAACAUUUCCAUUGUGUUUAAUGUAAAAAGGUCCAAACAUAGUCAUAAAAUUUAAAUUUUAUACAA